AUGAACACAAUACUGGACAAGUUCCCAAGGCCGCUGGUGUACAGCCUGGCACCCUUUGCAAUCUCAGCCCUCGUGCUUUUUCUUGUCCGAGCAUACACCACUCUGAGCUAUUACCAAAGCCUGAAGCAAUUCGGCGAUUCGCCAAAAGCUGGCAAGCACAAUGUCACGCCGCCACAGAUUCCGUAUGCCAUACCAUGGCUGGGAAACACCACUUCCUUCUUGACCUCGAAGCCGGGCCACUUCUGGCAGCAGCUCUUUUCCUGGUAUCCUCGGAGCACCGGUGUCUGUACCCUCCUGAUCGGCGGACGGAAAACGCACAUCUUGUUCUCUCCCACCGCCGUCCAGGCCAUGUUCAAGGCUCGCUCGCCUUCACGGGAUGUCUUCGAGCAGGAGCUGUUGUCAAGUGUCUUCCAGCUGCCAGAUGACCAGAUCAAGAAUGCUUGGGCUGGCAAAAGUCAUGAGAAUGAGAUGAACAGCCAGUACCUGACCAAACACGAGCGAGUAAAUGAGCUCACCACACAUUUCACCAGAGUUUUGGACGAUGUGCUGAGUAAAGACGCUGAUGAUGUUAUCAAUCUGGGCGAGAUUGGUCUAUAUAAUUGGAUUCGGGAUCGGAUGUUCACGGCCUCGACAACAGCUCUGAUGGGCGAGAAGCUUUUACAGAUGUAUCCUGAGUUCUGUCAGGACUUCUUCGCCUUUGACAACGAGUUUCUCAUGUUCUUCUUCGCUCUCCCGGAGUUCGCGAUGCGGGAAGCUGUGGGACGGAGGACACGAAUUCUGGAUCGUCUACAGGCCUGGAGUAAAGACAUGCAUGAUUUAAGCGGUGGCCAGCCUGUAGAUCCAGAAGGAGUCGCAUGGGAGCCUCUAUUCGGGGCAAGGCUAAAUCGAGCACGACAACUAGACUACAAGGUUCGGAACUUGAACACUAGAUCAGCAGCUGCAAUGGAUCUGGGUAUAGUCUUUGGACUUUCUAGCAAUGCCAUCCCAGCCACAGGAUGGAUGCUGAUGGAGCUACUGAAGCCAGAUGCAGAGCCAACUGUCCUCCCGCGGUUAAUGGACGAAUUGCGUGAGGCUGAAAGACCAGAUGGCUCUAUCGAUGUUCCUACACUGAUGUCCCAACCAUUGCUACAAAGCGUAUGGGUGGAGACGUUGCGUCUGUACACUGACAUCCUAGUAACUCGUAAUCUACCAGAGGACAUCACUCUACCCCUGGAAGAGGAUGGCAAACACUUUGUACUGUUCAAGAAAGGCGAUAAUCUAUUUGCACCUUCUUGGCUAGGCCAACGCGAUGCCUCUCUCUGGUCAGACAAGGCACCAUACAACGAGUUCUAUGCGGAGCGCUUCUACACCAAGGCAUCCGGCAACGGCAAAGGGACUUUCAGCAUGGCCACAGCCUCGUCUGGAAAGUUCUUCCCGUUUGGUGGUGGGAAAACGAUAUGUCCCGGCCGAGUCUUUGCAAAGCAAGAGGCGCUUGGUGCACUUGCUAUGAUCUUGCUUCGAUUUGAGUUCGAGGUGAAGGGUUUCAAGGACAUGGAUGGCAAGACGACUGCGCACUUUCCUGGCUUUGCGAAGGCCUUUCCGGGUAGUGGCGCCUUGGUACCAGGAGGCGACAUGAUGGUCAAGAUCAGGCGCAGGAUAAAGUCAUGA